CUCCGGGUACCAUCACAGAAGACCGUUUUAAAGCAAAAAAACUAAACAAAACAAUGCGCACCAACACGCCGAGGCGACCAUCUGCGGCGCCAUUUUGGUUAAAUAUUCCAAAUUCAAACUUGGAAAUUUCAACUUCUGGGUAAAAACACUAUACCUGUGCCAAAGCAUGAAGAUAUCUUUUUUGUUUGUUUUUGUAACAAAACAAACUCAGUCUAAGUCCAGUUGUACUGUUGUUUAAAAAUGUUUGUAAAGAGGGUGAAACCUGAAAAAACCUAGCAUUUAUUGAGGUGAUAUUUUUUAAUAAAAAGUUCUAGAUAUUGCUUUUCCUCCUGACUCUAAUAAAUGUUUGAAGUUGACCAGCUAUUCAGUAGAUCUUGGUUAGAUGUUGCAUCUGUGUAUGGCUUCUUUCUUUGCAUCAGUUGGGUUCUGAAGAUUUUAUGUCAAAAAGCACCGUCACAGUUUUUACAUGUCAUUUUUUGUUGACUCAACACGUUGUUGACAUGCAUAUAUAAAAAUGCAUCAGUUCACUGACAGGUAAACACCAUAAAUCAAGUAUGUUAUUAUGUGUACAUUGUGUAAUAUGAUCUGGUCAAUUGACUUCAUUUGAAGUUAUUUAUUUAAGUGAUGUGUUAUUUUGCAACCGAUUGCUUGCUUUCUUCCUCUGUUUCUCUUUAAGCUGUAACAUUGGAGUACCAUAGGCUACUCAUCUCCCAAUCAUGCCACUCACCCGCCCUUGGUGAUAGGAGAUAGGCCCCUUUGCUAUAUUUAGACCCCAGGGGCUCUUUUGGCUAGACAGGUCUAACAGACAAACAUCAUUGGCUCGUUUCCCUGUCACUCAGUGUAACAGCUGAGAAAAAAGGUCUUCAGAAGUUUACAUUAGAGAGAGUCCACUAUGCCAAAUUUAACCACAGAGGAGAGGGGGUGUUGUGGGAGAGCAGCCUGGACAUGGUUAAGAGGGCUUCCAGCGUCUGUGGUGGUCAGCGGAAGACCCCUGGGCCGCAGCCUGGGUCCUGAUUUCUGCCUGUGUUGAGCUUUGAAGAUGGAUGACUGAGUCAGAUGGUUUUUUCAGUGCGGAACGAAGCGUCUCGCUGGAAGGAGUCUGCUUUUCCUGUCCAUUCAAGGGCAAAGCUUGAGGGCCCUCGGAUCAGGCGCCGCACUGAGGCCUGUGUCUGCAGGACGAGACGGCCCAAUGGACCCUCCAGGACAUGAAAAGCUUCACUCCAGGAGAUGUUUUAGGUUGACAAGGUGGUUUUUUUUCCCAUUAAAUUGACCUGACAUAGCCAUGGGAGACUGGAACCUGCUUGGAAAGCUUCUGGAAAAAGCCCAGGAGCACUCCACCGUAAUUGGGAAGGUCUGGCUCACUGUCUUGUUCAUCUUCCGUAUCCUCAUCCUGAGCGCUGCCACUGAGAAAGUGUGGGGCGACGAGCAGUCGGGAUUCACCUGCGACACCAAGCAGCCAGGUUGCGAGAACGUGUGCUAUGACAUCACCUUUCCCAUCUCCCACGUCCGCUUCUGGGUGCUGCAGAUCAUCUUCGUGUCAACGCCCACCCUCAUCUAUCUGGGACACAUUCUCCACCUGGUGCGGAUGGAGGAGAAGCAGAAGGAGAAAGAUAAGGAUGGGCAAAAACAUGCUGAGAAGCAAGCUUCCCUUGUGGAUGCCCAUCACAAGAAAGCUCUCAUAAGGGAUGAGAAAGGACGGGUGCGACUUCAAGGGGAGCUCUUGCGCACAUAUAUCUUCAAUGUGAUCUUUAAGACACUGUUUGAGGUGGGCUUCAUUGUAGCCCAGUACCUCUUGUAUGGUUUUGAGCUGAAACCCAUGUAUACGUGUGACAGACCACCUUGUCCCAAUGUGGUUAACUGCUACAUAUCCCGCCCCACAGAGAAAACUAUUUUCAUCAUCUUCAUGCUUGGGGUAGCCAGUGUGUCACUGUUCCUAAACCUCAUAGAGAUCUAUCACCUGGGCUUCACCAAGUGUCGCCAGGGCAUGUCUUUCAAGAGGAAUCAACAACACCUGCAGAGCAUCUCCAAGGGGCCCAGCGAGGCCGCUGUGCCGCUCGUGCCGAGCUACGAUGACUACUUCCCAGGUCACCGACAAGUCCAGGCAGUUUACCCGCCUGUACCCAGCUACAACCUCUCCCCAAUGUCUGAGGGCACAGACUCAUCCUUCCACCCUUACCACAGCAAGGCGGCCUACAAGCAGAAUAAGGACAAUUUAGCGGUGGAGAGGAGCAGCAGCAAGCCAGAGGAAUGUGACCUGAACGGAAAAACAGUAUCAGCCCCUGGGUCCCCUAUGCAAACUAGGUCUAGCCAUGCUGGAAAGCACAGUAGCAGCCGGACUAGAAUAGAUGAUCUGAAGAUAUGAGGAGGUUUAUGUUUCUUGGAAGGGUCUUAAAACAGUUGUGAGGGGAAUCUUACAUUGUCGAGAAAGCUGCUGUACAUGCGGAAGUUACCUUCUCACACAAGAUGGCUCAGGUUUGACUCAUUCCAACAUUGGAGGGGGGUUACAUUUCAGACUUACACCUAAACACACAAGGGUUUCAUUUUUCAGAUGAAUGAUCCUGCUUUGCUGCCUUUAAUUUCAUAUUUUGUGAAAUUCAGUUGUUUUUUUUAACCCAGGUCACAAUUAGUUUGUGGGACACAAAUUAGGUUCAUAGAAUGUUAUCAAAAAUGUAUUAAUAUUGGUGUUUACUGAAUUGGCAUGUUUAUGCUAUGACUCUCUCUGCAUUAAAUUAUAAAGUGUGGUCAGGUUUAAAUUGGCUUUUUUUCUUUUCUCAAAGCUUAGAAAGUUCUCCAGGGCAGGAACGAGUUCAGCUCUGGCCUGACUUCAGUGAAUGAAAUAAGAUAGGGUGAAGAGUUAUGUUUAGCUUCCUUUGCCUGUUUUGAGGUCAUGAUCAAGUUCACUUGCUCUGACUUGAAGUGAAGAAUUGUGCAAUAUGUGACAACACUUUGGACCCUGGAUUGGCUGUUUCUAAUCCCAGAAGAAGUUGGACUGGUGUCAGGAGUUCCAAGAUUUGUCUCUUGUUUUUGUAUUUCAUUUCAACACCCAUGAAGUACAUAAUUGUGAACACAUUUUUUUGGGUUGAUCCUUGUUUGUAUGUGUAUUUGUGUUUGUUUCCUGUAAAGCACUUGGUGACGACCGUGUUUGUUUAACUGCUCAAAAUAAACCUGUCUUAAAUUUGCA